GAAGCGGGGACAGUGACCAGCGGUGUAGGGAGGAGGAAACAGAGUGACCUCCCAGGAUUACAUAAACUCUUAGGGGCUGCCAGAAGGUUAGGACAGUUCGGUGUGUGGAACCUGGAAGCUGGAGAGCGCUGCCCUACAGGAGAGAAGCCAACCCAGAGCCAGCCUGUGCCACACAGGCUUUCCCGGGACUUUGCGAGCAUGGAGCGCGUGUCCUGCCCGUUGCUGCUGCUGCUGCUGCUGGUGCUGCUGCCGCCGCCGCUGCGCGCGUCCACGGCCACCGCAGAGCCCGCGGAGGAGGAGGAGGAGGAGGCGUGCGAGCUGGACGAGGACGGCGUCCGCUGCGCCUGCAACUUCACCGGCCCGCAGCCGGCCUGGUCCAGCGCCCUCCAGUGCGUCUCCGCCCUCCGCGUGGAGAUUCGAGGCGGCGGCCGCAGCCUGGACGGGCUCCUAAGCCGCGUGGACGCGGUCUCCGACCCGCGGCGGUACCAGGACGUGGUCAAAACCCUGCGCCUGCAGCGCCUGCGGCUCGGGGAGGCUCGGGUGCCCGCGCCGCUGCUGGCCGGCGCCCUGCGCGUGCUGGGCUUUUCCCGCCUCGAGGAACUGGCGCUGGAGGACCUGGAGGUCACCGGCACCCUGCCCCCGCCGCCUCCCGAGGCCGCGGGGCCCGCGCUCACCGCCUUGAGCCUCCGCAACGUGUCCUGGGCCUCCGGAGGGGCCUGGCUCGCCGACCUGCAGCCGUGGCUCCGACCCGGCCUCCGCGCCCUGACCAUCGCCCAGGCGCCCGCGCUCGCCCUCGCCUGCGAUCGCGUCCGCCCCCUGGCGGCCCUCACCACCCUCGACCUGUCUGACAACCCCGCGCUGGGGGAGCGCGGCCUGACUUCGGCCCUCUGCCCGCACAAGUUCCCGGCUCUGCGGAGCUUGGCGCUGCGCAACGCGGGGCUGCAGGCGCCCGGGGCCGUGUGCGCGGCGCUGGCGAACGCGGGGGCGCAGCCCGGCCGGCUCGACCUCAGCCACAACCCGCUGAGCGCGGCGGCCGCCCCCGCCCCGCCCCAGUGCGUGUGGCCCGCCAAGCUCACGUCUCUCAAUCUGUCCUCCGCCGGGCUGAAGCAGGUGCCCAAGGGCCUGCCCGCCCAGCUCAGCGAGCUCGAUCUCAGCGGCAACCAGCUGGACAGGGCGCCCCUCCCCGGAGAGCUCCCCACCGUGGGGAACCUGUCGCUGCACGGGAACCCCUUCCUGGAGCCUGGGGCUCUCAAACCUCAAGAGGACAUCAAGACGUCGGGCGUGGGUCCGGCCUGGGCGCUUUCACCCCUGGCGGUGGGGGUGUCGGGGACACUGGCUCUGCUCCAAGGAGCCCGGAGAUUCGCCUAAGCCUGAAGGAGAAGAAUGAAUGGGCUGAGGUGGCCCUGGUUGUCCCCCCCGAAGGCCUUCAGAACAAUCACCAUUUCUUGACGAGUCAAAAAGGUGCCUUCGCUUUAUGAAAAAAAACAACAACAAACCUUAAACCAGAGGUUCACUUCAUGAACUCGACAAACU